CAUACUUUGAAGCGUUUUCAUUGGACGUAAACAAACUCACCUCAGCCGUUACCUGUCAGACAAAACUAUGGGUAAACCCGUAUGGGUCCGCGUGAGUGUGCAGCAUGGCUGAAGAAGGCGAGAAGAAACGAAUUCUCGAAAUGGUCCAAGCCGAUGGUUCUGAUGAGGGCAGUGUGACAUUUGUGAUGCAUGAUGAAGACCAUACCCUGGGCAACUCUCUGCGAUAUAUGAUCAUGAAAGACGAGUCUGUUGAGUUUUGCGGCUACACCAUCACCCAUCCAUCAGAGAACAAGAUAAACUUUCGGAUUCAGACACGAGAUGGAACUCCAGCCGUUGAGUCUCUGAGGAAGGGCCUGACUCAGCUCCGGGAAGUUUGUCAACAUGUUCUCACCACUUUUGAGGCAAAAGUGAAAGAGUUCAAAGAAAACCAGGAGCAACCCAUGGAAUGAAGAACAUCAAGCCAAAUGAAAGAACAUAGUUUUAUUUAUUUAGUAAGUAUAGUUUUAUACAAAAGGUUGUUGAAAUGCAGCCAUGCAAAUGCUUGUCCAAAGAUAUUGAUUGUCCCCUUUUUUUGUGGGGAAAAGCAUUUGGGUAUUUUUUUCCCUGUUCCGUAUUUCCCGAAUUGUUGGCUUGAGGAGGCAAAACAUUAAACUCCAGAACAAAAAUGA